AUGGGAGCUGCUGCUGUGCUUGGAGAGGCUGGGGCAGAAACUAGUGAUGUGGAAAGCACCGCUACGGCGUGUCUGGAGCAGCUACUGCUUAACAAGGCUCAUGAAAAGCCUGGGCACGAUGUGGCUAAUAAGGCUUCACAGAAGACACUCGUCCAGGAACUUAAAGAGACAAGGGAAGCGUCUGGGAGUACGCUUCAUAGUGAUUCUCAUGAAACCGAGCCAGAGAUGGUCACCAAAGCUAUGGCGUCCAAUUCGCUUGACGAUUAUUGCCUGCUGAACUGGAUGAGUCCUUCGCUCGGCCAUUACCCGCUGGUUCCUGCUCUUCACAGUCUAGAGUCGCUUGGUGACGUUCAGCGGUCCAAACUGGUCAGUCAGCUUCAUGUCAAUAAACGUCUGCCCAAAAAACGCAAGUGGCAGCUGAUCCACGACGAAAAGGUGUUUUUGCAAAGCGUCAACGAGAACCUUCUUCCGUCGGUAUUGAAACAAGGCGUCAGUCCGAUCCAGGAAAGCAAAUCCAGGUUUCUGUUGGAUACGGUGAGGCCUGGUGAAGAAAACACCAGAAACAGCAUCGACACAGAAAGACGGUCCAGUGUUGGAGGAAAGGUCAGUUUUGACAAAAACAGAACCAGCGUUUCUGAAGCUUUCCCUGAUAUCAUGGAAGGCCUCGAAGAGAUUCCUCUGUCUACACCUCCACCAUGGGCCCAGAACCAGCCAUCCUCUGGGCUUCGCCAAAUCUCCCUCCAAGACUGGGAACAAAACAAAGAACAGUGGCUCCAACAACAGUACAUGAGCAAACUGACCACGAUGAACACAGAAAUCGAGCAAAACAGGCCCCAGAGCUAUAUUCUGGCCCUGGCUUCUGCUCCUUCCCUCCACACAUAUAGACGAAACCUGGAAGGCAGCGUGUGCAACAACCGCCGGCUGCUUCUAGCGCAAGAGCUGUUUGAAAACGUUCUUACCCACUGCGUCACACCGACUGCCAGGGUUCCUGAACUACCCAUCAUCCAGCUGACCAACUCGUCGCCCAUCAAGAAAGUCAUGGGCAUGUUCCGUCGCCGAGGCCUGGAGGCUGCAGAGUUUGCUGGUGCCAACUACAGCUUUGCCUAUGGGCCUCCGCCUGCCGGGCCCCAGUCCCAGUCCCAUAAACACCUGGACUCGGUGGCCAACUCCAUGAACUCGCAUCCGGUGUCGUUGGCUUCUGGCAAGUCUUCACGCUCCGGGCUGCCACGCAAGGCCAUCAAGUCUUUCCUUCUUGGCCACCUGCUGCUGCACAAGUCAGGCAGUAGUUUCACUUAUACCCCUAAUAACCCGCCGCCUGUGCCGCCGGCGCCUCCACCGAUUCCCAUUUUGUUUAACAUGCCUAAAGAUCCACUUUUUCGUCAUAGCACUGAGCUUUUGCAGCCAUUCCGAAUCCCCUCUGACGAGUGGGAAAUGAGCGAAGCCACGGCACUGGACCAGUCUCGAGUGAGCAGUUUGCCGAGUGCCAUUAUUGGUGAAUAUGAUAAAGAGAAGUGGAGGAAGUUGAAGGAGCUUGAACAGAGACAGGAGGCAGAGGCUAUUGCCGAGCAGGCGGCCGAGUAG